UAUAGACUAUAUAUCACCGUUAGCGUGAACGCCCUGGGACAGCGGUGAGUCUAUUGAUGCCUGUAUCGUUCAAUUCUGCGUCAUUUAAUCCAGGCCCUAAAGGUAACUAAGCGCACAAAGUACCCAAUAGUUUACUGCGGAUAAACUUGUAGUCACUUCUUUCUACAUCCUUAAGCGUCGCAAGGUUCGCGAGAGGUUAGUGAUCUCUUCAGGCCUUUGUGUUUUGCUAAUUGGAGAGGUUUUGGCAUUAUUACCUCCCAUCCCACGAGACGAUUUCAUCAAUACAUAAUUUUCUAAACGUCCUGAUGGAACGAAAGAGUGCACAGCGCGCAGGAAUCCCCAGUAAUAGAUGAUCACCUUUUCAUCCGCCCCGCGAACCUCCAGUGAAAACUGGAGCACAGGGGACGCGUAUACAUAGCAUACUCUGCCCGCGAGGAGCACACGUGAAGUGUACAACGGUGCAGCGACUAAGCAGCUGUAAACACAGAGGAGUAGAGGAUCAGUGAAGGGACCGACGGGCCAUGACGGGACGUCAGCGACAAUCGUGUGGGCAACAAGGUGUCAUCAGUAGCGGGAGUUGCGUUUCUGGGACACUCCGGAAUUGGAGCAGUUCCGAUGUCAUCUGACCCGUACCCCGCCUGACGAGCCCGGUUAUUACUGGGGGACCUGAUGUCGGCGAUAGGUGUACGUCAGCUUGGUGCAGGUGGUGGACCGGGCGGACCUGUCGGAUUUACCGUCGUUUAAGGGUUAAGACGUCGGUGCAACGAUGUUGUUUCUUUGGGAGGAGUUUGAGUCGUGCUAAACAAGAAGUCUCAAGGACAAACAUUCUACUGGAACCCUUGAAGUUGACGAGCGCAAGAAUGAAGAGUUAUAUGCUACGAGACUUGUCAGCGGUUAUCGUACAACUGCAGUUCUUCCUCAGCGCGAUUGUGCCCAUUCUCGGAGCGGAGGCCGACGUGACCGGGCUCACAGAACCGAUGCCCACGGAGCCCGCCGGACUGCGCUACUGCAGCCUCUUCGGCAACCGCGCGCCCAAGCCCGAGCACAAGCUGGUGUCCUGUCCCUGGUUCCGCCUCGACUCCUGCUGCUACCAAGAGGAGGUCGACAGGCUGUUUCCGAUCGUGACCCCGCCCCGAGGCGCUGACCAGGUGUGCCGGGACCACCUGUACUACCUGAAGUGUUACAUCUGUUCCCCCCACCAGCACCUGUUCUACCACGAGGAGACCGUCACCAUGUGCGAGGAGUUCUGCAACAGCAUCUUCUGGGCCUGCGCCAACGCCACGCUGGAAGGGGAGCGCAUCAGCGACCUGUACUCCAACGGGAGGGAGUACUGUCUGGACCGCAAGUUCCGCGUGGAGAAGGAGAGUAGCGGGACCUGUUAUACUGUACCGAUUGUCAUAGAGCAGGCAGUCAGCUCCGCGAACAGUCGUGAUCAUCUCACAGCGGUUAGAAUUACUCCACUGAUUACAUCAUGGGCACUUUUCAUUACCGCGAAGUUAACGUUACUGUGAUGAUUCAGCCGGAUUGCCAUCUCAAGCGACGCGCAUUAACACAGGCGGUUCAAAAACGCUCUGGUAAAAUCGGAUACUCGAGGCGAGGGGUGGAUUGCAUUCGAGGAGGCAAUAGUUGGAGGAGGCAAAUUAAGCAAACGUCACCGGAAAAGGACAUAAAAGUGGAGAUGCGGUAAUCUUUCAAAUGAUUCCUUGAAGUUGAAGGAGGGGACUGGAAUACGUAGAAAAAGUUCAAAGUUUUAUACAAACCGUUGAAUGGGAUACCUUUGACUUUUGGUAAAUACCACGUAACGUAUUGUUGCCAUUAUCGUGAGUUCAUGACAGUAUAACGAAAAUGGCAAAAUACCUGAGCAUAGCUGAAUCAUCGGGACAUAUAUGUCUUUGA